ACUGCGGUGAUCAAGUGGUCUGCGGACGAUGAUCUUUUGCUCAUCGGAAUGAAUGAAUCGCUCGAUAUUUCUGAGAGUAUAUAUGACCACGACAUAUGA